AUGCGAGACCUCGCGGCUCAGGUAACGAGCAGCCUGCUGCAGUUUCCCGAGGUGACCAUUCAGGCUCUUGGGGAAGAUGAGCUCACGCGAGGGUCUGUGCUGCGUGGGCGGUUUUCCAGAGGGAGAGAUGGGCUGGCCUGGCUGGCGUGUGGCCCUCAGCUGGAGGUCGUGAGCGCUGUGACGGGAGAGCGGCUCUCUGCACACCGUUUCAGUGGAGCCCGUGAGCAGCCUCCCACCAUCCGCGUGGUGAAGGAGGUUUCCUGGCAGACGGGAACGGGGCUGCUGGUUGGCUUGAGAGAAGCAGAGGGAAGUGUUCUCUGCCUGUACGACCUUGGAACAUCGAGCGUGGUUACAGCAGUAGUUCUGCCAGGAAGGGUAACUGCUGUAGAGCCCAUAACUAACCCCGGAGGAGCCAGCGUGAGGCCUUGGCACCUGCACCGGGCUCUGCAAGGGUUUUGUGGCGUGGCAGCGGUGGCGACAGAUGUUGGUCAUCUGCUUGUGGUGGACCUUGGCUUGGAUGAUCUCUCUUGCAGUCAGAGGGAGAAUGAACCAUCGGGUCUAACAGUUGUCACUAGAGCUGCUGCUGGCGUUUCACAAGGAAGAGCAACCGUGAGCAGAGCAGGGAGACAUCUCUACUUUCAGUUACAGUGUCCUUCAGGAACAGCGCUCUCGACCCUGUGCUACAUCAGCAGAAGCAACCAGCUCGCCGUGGGUUUUUCCGACGGCUCCCUGUCACUGUGGAAUAUGAAAACUCUGCAGCGGGAGCACCACUGUCAGCUUGAAGGAGGAAGGAUUCCUGUCUGCGCCGUUACUUUUCAAGAGCCUGAGCACGAUCCUCGCAACUGCUGCUACUUGUGGGCUGUUCAGUCGACGCAAGAAAGUGAAGGCGAUGCCGUGAGUUUACAUCUGUUGCAGUUAGCGUUCGCAGACAGGAGGCGCUUGGCUUCAGGACAAGCCAUGUACGAGGGUUUGGCAUCCUGUGUUGAAAAGUACAGGUUGGAUCUGACGGGUGGAGCCUUUCCCUUGAGAGGGCAGGGCAGCAAGGCCAAACUACUCAGCUGUCAGGCUGUAGAAAUCUUUCCCAACUGCAUUGACAGAGAAGACAGCGUUGAUGAAGUCAUAUCUCCUGACAUCAGUGUCUCCGUCUUCAGCUGGCAAGUGAACACACGCGGCCAGGGAAAACCAUCUACUUAUCUGGGUGUAUUUGACUUUGACUGCUGGUAUGAGGCUCAAAUGCCAGGCUCACUAAGGCCAGAAGAAUCCCUUCAGGACUGCCCCUAUUUUGCACUGUGGUCACUGGAUGCUGUGACAAGCAUGACUGCUCCAAACCUCCUUCUGGAUGUUGUGGUGCAGGAGCGCAGCCUAAGCUGGAGAGUUCCUCCUUCUUACCCACAACCUGAGCUGUGUUUUCACCCAAGCACCUAUAAUUUUGAUGGCACGUGCCUGCUGAGCUCUGGAGUUGUUCAUGUGACGUGCAGCGGCUUCCAGAAGGAGGUGAGCUUUUACUGUGUCUUUAUGGAGAAUGUCAAGAGAUGGACCUUUCCUAAGCUUUCCAUGGCGCUGCUUUCGGUGCAUAAGCUGGCGGUGACCAGCCUCGCAGCUUUGUAUGCACGAGUGGUCCUCUGGUUCUGUGGGUCCCGCCUCCUGCCCGAGGGCUCAGGUGACGAGAUGCGUUUCUCUAGACCUUUCUACAAUUAUCCUCUGAUUCGGAGCUACUACGCUGGUCAUCGACAGCAACUGGAGCGUUUAUCAAGAGGCAAACGGGACUCUGACUGCCUGAUGAUCGAUGGGAUGGUUUCCCAGUUGGGAGACCGAGUUGAGAAGUUGUGGCGGAGAGAGGAAGGAGGAACGGGGAAAUACCCACCUCCUAGUUUACAGGCACUGCUGGAGCUCUAUUUGCUAGAAGGCGUUGAAGAAAGCCACAAACAUGCAAUCACAAUUUACUUGCUGCUAGACAUCACGCAUCCCUUUCCGAACAAAACAGAACCUUCCGUCGACUCCUUCGCAGCUGCCUUUGCCAUCCCUUCGGGCCUUGUUAAGCGUAUCCAAGGAUUUUGGCUUCUAGACCACAAGGACUAUGAUAACUCCCUGGCCCUGCUGGUUGAACCAACUGCAACCAAACCUGUGUCGUGGCAAGACGUGCGAAUUCUUCAGUCCCUCAUGUGCCAAGGAGAGCAUAGGCGAGCCCUCAGAUACACACAGGUGAUGAAGCUCUCGGCCUCCAGCUGUAGCGAAGUGCGGCUUUUCCUCACUGUGCUGUUGUCCAAUAGGUGCAUGGCGGAGGCUUGGGCUCUGCUGCAGGAGCACACCACUCAGUUAAAGGAGGAAGAGCUAUUAAAAGACAUGUAUGACAUCUGUCGGGAGAUGGGACUAGUGGAAGACUUUCUGAGGCUGCCUUUCACAGACUCUGAACAAAAGUGUUUGGAGAAAUUUUUACGGAUUCAUGAGAUUCUUUUAGUCCAGCAUCUGCAGCGUGCCAACUGUACGGCAGCCCCACAGCUGAACCAGGCGAUGAACGUUCAUCUCAUGAACGAUCGUGCUCCUCGCUGGAGACAGAGAGCAGUUGCCAGACAUUCUCUCUCAGCCCAGCACGGCAAGACCCUUCCUAGAGGUCAGAGGCAGCUGGCUGUAGAGAGAGCCAAGCCUUACCACCUGCCU